AUGACCCGCCCAUCAACCUGCUGUGGUCAAUCAACCAGCGGCUGCGUCUGCGCCGCCCAAGCCCGCUGCGAAUGCGGCAAGACAACCGCAGAGCACUGCGACUGCAGCAAGAAGGCUGUUCAUGACCCUCAUAGCCAGGGACCUAGAUGUUCUUGCCGGAUGAGACCUGCUGGUCAUUGUACGUGUGAGAGAUCAGUCACUGAGAAUCGGCCUGUGCAUGGGGAGGCGUGCGCUUGUGGACAGAGACCUGCUGAUUCCUGCACAUGCGAAAAAGUCCAGAAGAUCGAUGACGCUGUUCACCAAGUAUUGGAGACGGAUUUCACCACGAAAGCCUAA